AUGUUUCAAGAUGAUUCUGAUGAACAAGAAAUAGACACAGUGCUUAAUUUUAUGACACGUGCUGCUUGUCCUGAUCAUAAAAUGUGUAGAUCAAAGUGGGGUUAUUGUGGAACGGGACACGAAUAUUGUGGUGACGGUUGUACAGCGGGACCCUGUUUUGGUGGUAAUAACGGUGGAAAUGGAAACAAUGGCGGCGGUGGUGGUGGUGGUGGUUCCAUCAUCACAGAUCAAAAUUUUGCCUGUGCAUUCAACACAAUAGACGCUGGAACGAGACAGAGCCGACUCAAUGGCCUUAGAAAUUCAGGUUGGAAACCAUCGAACAAGGAUGAAGCAGCUGUUUUUCUUGCUCAUGUCUUCCACGAAACUGAUGGUCUCAAAACAAUUCGAGAAUAUUGUGCUCCAGGUUGUGGUUCUCAUUAUGCUGGAUCGUGGUGUAGUAUUCAAGGUACGCCUGCUGGAAAAGCUUUAGCGGUAAAAACUGCAGUUUGGUUUUAUAAUGCAAAUAAUAUGGCUGGACCAGCUAAACAAGGUGACUUCGCAGCCACUACUCGAAUCAUUAACGGAGCAUUGGAAUGCAAUAGAGGAUCAGGAUAUAAUAAUCAGUUGACUCGAGUAGCAACAUACAAACGAAUUCGACACUGCUUUGGCCUUGGAGAACCACAUAGAAAUCCAGUGUGUUAA